AUGGAAUGCUUGGAGCAUGAAGAUGCCCUCCCUGCGCGUCGUCCCAAUCGUGCCAGUCAGCGCCGUGGCGGCGACAAUGGGACCAUCCCUACCAACGGGUCCCUGGCAGAGUUUGAUGACAUGUCUUCAGGCGUGGGCACAGCAAGGGUAUCAGCGCGCCUCUUCGACUCCUCGCUAUUCUCUUUUGAGGAGCCCUGGGCCUGCUCGAUACCCAGAGAUCCGUGUAUGAGCCGAGAGAGCACAAGUGCAAGCAUCAGCUCCAGAUCCAAUACCAGCUCCAACUCCAGCCGCAGCCACCCGGCCUGUCUCCCUUUCUUUCUCAAUAAUCCGACGAUCUUGUCCCCAGAUCGACUCGACUUGUUCUCUUGCUACUACGAGGACGAAGAUACCAGGACCGAAGAUUCCGACACACUAUCUUUCUGCGAGCUUGACAAAGACGCCGGCACUAAUACCAUUCUCCUAUAUCCCUAUCCCAAGCGACCUUGCAACACCUCUACGUCCUGGCCCUCUGCCAACGGGACUUUUUUCCUUCCGGCCUCAUCGGCCUCGAGCAUCGCAUCGGAUUAUCGAGAGCUAUCGAAACUUGAAGACAUCAGCAACCAUAGUUCGCCGAGCUGGCCAGCGCAAAGCACAAUGCCGUCCAAGACGCUAGCCGAGAGCCUCGAUCAGAGCGACGUUUUCGUCAGCAACACGUAUACCGCCGGCCACGUCGCAGCCAACGUGAGCAACAGCAGCAACCACUGGCGGCCCAAGUCGGCGCGCAGUGCUCGGAGUAGUGGCAGGUCACCCAGCCCGUUGAUAUUCGGUCGGCUCGCAGGACGUGGGAAACUGCAGAAAGCGGGCGCCACGACGUCGCUGUCGACCGAAAGCUGCGCCCCUACCGACGCCAACACUGAUAGCAUGGUGACGGACGACCAGAGCAGCUUCGAGAACAACAAGAGGCGGUCGCAGUCUGGUGCCUCACCGGCGCCGACGCUGACCAGGGAGGAGUUCGAGGCGCUGCCUGUGGCCAUCCAGAGGAAGUACUUCUCCACGCUUGAACGCCUUCGGUUUGCUCAGAGCUCUGGCAUGGUGGAGGGUAUAUAUCACCACUACGACGACAUCUCUCACCAGAACGUGAAGCGCCGCAGGCCUCGCCAAGACAGGAGCUCUUCGGAAUACUUGGCCGGCCGGAUCAGGAGACGAUCUUUGCGUGGGCCCCGGUCGCCCGUCGCCGAUGCUCAGUGGCACUCAAACUUGUCAGAUAAGAGCAGAAAGCGGCAGUUCACUCGCGAAGAGCAAGUCCUGCUGGCGAAAAACCUUCGUGCCAGUGUCAUCCUGGAUGCUGCUGACGAGGCUAUUUAUAAGAUUGGUCGACGAGCUUGCAAGACCUCAGCCACAGACCUUCACCUCCAAGCCCCGGCCCUGUCCACCCAACCCAGCAUGGAAUCUAUGAAGAGCGGCAAGCAGCAUGCCGAGAAGUCCAACCGGGAGAGCUCGGUCCCCGACUCAUUUUAUGACAGCUUCCGUUGGCUUGAUGAGGAAGAUGACUUGGACCUGCGUCUGUUCCUCGACGAUUAUCAUGCCAACCUCAGGCAAGAUCUGCCAGAGCCUACUCAAGAGAUGCGGCCAUCCUUCCGCCGCCAUCUUUCCAUCUCCAAGAUCCCCUUUGGACGCGCUUCGGUAUCAUCUAGUCGACCGGCAACAAAAGACGCGAGCGCUCCUGCCUCCCCUGCCGUCAACUCGGCAUCACCCGUGGCCGGUGUGCACGGGCGACGCAGGUCCCGAGCCCUAUCACUAAUCUCACCCAAGCACGCCCCGUCGGCGUCUCUCUCCUCGAUCGAUCCUUACGCUGCACAUUACCAGGACCCCGAGGCACGGCUCAAGUUGCGCGUCUAUCUCGCCUCGCCGCAGAAGUUUGACGAGGCUAUCGAGUUUGGCUUCCCCUCGACCGAGGCAAUCUCCCCCGCGCCUCAGGUCAAGGAUGGCAUGAGGUCGCCUGGAAACUACAGAUCUCGGCACAAGUCCGUGGGCUCGGAGCACAUGCGGACCUUUCUGGCCGACGAAGAUGAGGAUGACAGGAUCGAUGACGAUGAGGCAUCUGCGCCAGAUCCCGAAUCCCCCAAGACGCCGCAGCAGGCGGACAAGCCUACCAUUCGCCCCGUCCCGCAACCCAUCGACACUGUGUUCACGCACAAGCCUUCGGAGAGCUACGCUCAGGCACCAGCAAACUCGCGAGAGAUGACCCUGCGCAUGACUCUGACCCGCCCUGACUUGCGUGCAGAUGAAGACCAGAUCUAUGGGUGGCAACAGCAGCUUCAGGCGCGCCGCCGAUCACAGACCUCUCCGUUCCAGGAGGAUGGUCCACCGCCGCCUGCUUCCUAUAUCGGCGAAGAACGGUCCAAGGAGAGCAUAGAGAGGAUGCUGGCUGGCAUCGACCACUGGGGACCCGAGCCUUCCGACCGAGGCGUCAUGAAGCGCUUCUGGAAUCGCGUUCGCCGGUCUUAG